AUGGACGGAUCAGGGAGACAGUCCCGGCUGUUGAGUCGAUUGUUGGGAAAAUUGAGAGGAGAGAGUCGACACAGCGCUCUGGACAAAAAUUUCUCAUUCUCCUCCACCGGUAUGAGUGAGAGUAUAGGUUGUGGCAGCACCAAUGACGAAGACCCGGGUCUGAACUCGUCAGAAACGGCCGAGGUCCCUCAAGGCCCUGGGUCCAGCGCCUCUACUAUCGACGACGCUCAGUUCGCCGCCAACAUCGACUUAAGGUACGGUGGCCAGUAUCUGACACCGGAACAGUUGCCGGAGUUCUGCAGCCAGCUUCAUCACUUGGUAGAGGUGAUCAGGAAUAUACAGUCUUACGCCAAGGUCACGGGGGAAUAUCCGAGUGAGUUGGAACGUCGUCUGGAGCGUGAAGCUCGCGAGGUGUCUUCCCUGGCGAGCGAGGCUCGGAACGCGUUGGAGGCAGCCUCACGAGCUAAGGUACAGAGGAAGGCUUUAAGGGCACAGAGGGUCGCGCUCACGGCGAGGUUGGCACGGCUUAGAGAUUCGGAAUUACGUGAGUUGGAAAGUUCAGUCCGUGCGUCUGACCGCAAGUUGUUUAAGAGCUGGGAGGCGGUCAAGGACUCCAGCGACCCCGCGAGCUUCGAGCCUCUUAUAGAGGAAGUUAGGGGAAAGCAAGCAGUUCUCGAGUGUAUGAUGCGUUUGAUAGAAACGAAACGAGCGAACAUAUCACGGCCCCCCACCCCGCGACCCUUACCGCCGCCGCUGCCUGACGAAGAAGAUACAAUUCAAACGGCGUCCGUCCGUAAACGAAGUGAGACUCGUCGAUACAGUAACAAAAGAAAGAGAAAGGAAUCGUCCCGCGAACCGAGAUCAGUGCCGCUGUCUGGGGAGUCCAGUAGACAUAACCCGCAACAGGUGACGCUAUACAUCCAAAGCGCGGCGCCACUGGGACUGGAGUUGCCGCGCGCCUCUGUCAGAGAUAUAUUGUUCUUCACCACAGACUAA